AUGGGCAUUGGUGAAAUUUAUACGGAUGUCACACCCUUCAAUGGUUCAUAUCGACCACAAAGGGAACUUGUUGGACAUCAGAAAGGAGUGCGUUGUGCUUGUAGUAUAGGUACUGAUUAUUUGACUCUACUUAGUGAUGAAGGUAUCGACAUGAUAGCUAUAUCAAAUGUAGAAUAUCUGGUUAGUGGAGGAACUGAAGGUGAAGUAAUAAUAUGGAAACUAGACAAAUCAGGUGGGUGUGAUCUUCACCUACGUUUUAUGGCCCAUAUAAAUACCGUAAUGUGUAUUUGUCCUUCGAAACUAACCAACGACUUUUUUGACCAAUCAGACUUGGAAAAUGAUAAUAAGAAGAUAAGGAUUUUGGAAAGCAAACUUUGCAUUUACACAUCUGGAAGAGAUAAAUUAAUACAUCGAUUUAAUUUGGCUGGGAAAAAACUGUUGACCUUGGAGGGUCACAAUGAUGCAGUUUGCAGUCUCCACGAAAUGUCUGAUCCAUCCAAACUAGUUAGUGGUAGUUGGGAUGGAACUGCUAUUGUCUGGAACGUAUUAUCUGGAACAAAGGAAUACGUUCUUCCAUGUGAUGGAUAUCAAUAUUCAGAUGUUUGCAAAUCACGGUCCUUUAACGUAAUUUUUAGCGCAUCAGAAGACAAAACUGUGCGAGUAUGGAAUUUAGAAAAUGGGCAGCAUCUGCAAACAUUGUCAUUGGAAUCUUCGAUAUGGCAGGUAGUUGAAACUGAAUUUAAUGGUAUAGCAACCAUUGAAUCAACGGGAAGAAUAUUACUUUGGUCUUUAGAACCUGGAAAAGAACAUGUGAACGAUCAGAUUCCCGUCUCAAAACCUUCCAAAAGGAUAGAGCAUAAUAAAUUAUAUGAUAUGACUUUGUUUAAAAAAUUUAAUUCCGAAAAGGCACAUGAGUUAUUAAAAGAAUAUAAUGGUAAAUCUGGCAUUGUAUUAACUGCACAAGAACUGAUUUAUCUUGAUAAAAUAUUUCAAAAGGAUAUAAUGCACUCAAAGCUAAGCUCCUCGGAUUCUACUUGGAUUAUUAAAUUGAUACAAUGGCCCGUUAUUCAAAGGCUACCGGUGUUUGACCUCAUAAAGGCUUUGGCUUCCUAUCAUAUUACAGAACAACUAUUCAGGGGAAGAAAUAACGGAUCCAGUAUAAUAAUAUCAGCAUGUGAUACUUUGCUAUCCACUGAAAGUAAUGUGCAAUUACUCACUGUAACAUUACAGAUGCUUUCAAAUCUACUCUACCCAUCUUUAUCACGUAACUUGAUAUUAUGCCAUAGUAAAAAGAUACUAGAGUCUGUGCAAGCUGUAACGAAUGAUCGUUCUAGGAUGAUCCAGCAGGCACUCGCGGCAUUUUCUCAAAAUUUCGUAAUAGCAUUGAUAUAUAACAAUGAUAGAGCUGCUAUUACGCAUGUUAUUGAACUUAUAGAAAGAUCUUUGAAAGUUUGUAAUGAUCUUUUGGCAGAGCAUAAUAGUGAAUAUACUUGGGCAGACAUGGUUAUUCUGAAGCAUAGUCAAUCUCUGGAUAUGAUCAUUAAAAACAAUCUCAUAUCAAAAACCGAUAUUUCUGAAAAUAUGUUCUCAAUAAUGACUUCUCUAAAUGGGUUGAUCAAUUCACAUGAGAAAUCUGAUUUUCGCUGUUCAAAACUAGUAAAGUGUAUAAUUGAGCAAUUACGAUAA